AUGGCUCGUAAGCCGUCAGUUCCGGAAGAUUCAAUCCCACCUCAUCGAAAUCACGUAUUUUUGUCACUGAACCGUUUCGAGAGGAAAAAGAAUCACGCGUUGGCCAUACGUGCUCUCGGUACGCAUUUUACUGUUGUGCCAAGCUUUACGUUGAAGAAUUCGUUUCUAGGAGUUUUGCAGUCGCAGCUUUCAGAGCAAUUUUGGGACGAGGUCCAUUUGGUCAUCGCCGGAGGUUAUGAUCUGAACUUGCCGGAAAACGUGGCCCAUUUCUUUGAGUUGCAACGGUUGGUGGAAAACCUUGGCCUCACUAGUCAUGUAACUCUGCUCAGGUCUCCGUCCGAGGAAGCUAAAGUUGCCCUGUUGAUGGUUUCCACCGCCCUACUGUACACACCGGAAAACGAGCAUUUCGGAAUCGUACCCCUGGAAGCAAUGUUUUGCGAAACACCCGUAAUCGCCUGCAACUCCGGCGGACCGCUUGAAACCGUUGAAAAUGAAAAGUCUGGCUUCCUCGUUCCUUCAGAAAGUAACUGCUUUGCGGAGAGCAUGCAAUUCUUCCUACAGAAGCCGUCGAAGAAGGUCGAAUUUGGAUCCAGUGGCCACAAAAGGGUUAUUGAAAAGUUUUCUUCCAACGUUUUUUCUGAACAGCUGUGCCUUAUUUGCAAAGAAUUGUUGUAA